CUCAACUUUCCUCACAUUCUCUCUUCUUUCUUCGCGGCUACGUGACGGCGAGGAUGUGAUCUGGGGUGAGAUGAAAUGGGCCGCCGGACAUUCCAGCGCCUGCUCAAGCUACCAGUGCUUCUUCAGCCACGGCCUGUCCCGUCUCACCGCAGUCCAUCAGCAGCCUUCUUCUGUCAAUCCCACCGACCCGUCUACCAACACCAGCCUUACCGUUACUCACCGGCCCGAUAUCCUCCUGCAUUUGGUCCAUCACGUACUGUCCGUUUCCUCCGGUCGCUGCUAUGGGCCACUCUAUUCUCGAUGGUCGGCGUCUACGCUGGGGUUGGAUACCUAAAGGGGGUAUACAGAGGGCAGACUAGAGUCAAGCUGGGCUCGCUCGCGGACAUUGGAAUAGCAGCAGAAAUCAUGACGGAAAUGGAUCAACACCCCAGCGUUCAAGCACUGAAGGCUGACCCCGAUUUUGAGGAGAUAUGGCCCCUGGCGACCAAUGCAGAACAGACGGAGAAGAUGAAAACCACAACCGAUGGCAAGGACAUCCACCAUCUUGUGUAUACGGCUUUCCGAGGCAGUCGUGGUGUUUUCCCUCGAGCCUUUUACAACCGUUCCCGCCACAUUCUGGUCAUGGUCGCGGCCUGCAGCUACGGAUGUGAGGGCGAAUAUGGGCAUCUACACAACGGGGCUAUUGAGACUUUGAUCCAGGAAUCAAUCCGGAUACUUGCACAGUUCUGGUUUCCUCCCGACAUGACCUACAAGCUAUCAGAGCUCUACGUGGCCUUCGGUGAGAUCACUCACCCGAACACUAUAUGGUGCAUCACCUGUAUGCCAUUGGCGACUGUUGGCAACCUGGCCGAGGUCGUCGACGAAGCCAAGACCGCAGAAUCUCGCGGCCAAUGGUCGAAUGUCUGGCCAGAUUGGUUCAAUCCCAGAGACUGGAAUCAGAUGACCAGUUCAAUAGUGGCGACAGUGAGCCCCCUCGAUGGUCAUCCUAUAAAGCAACCACAACAAGCCACCGCCAACGCUGUCGGCCAUUUUCAGGUGGAGGACUCGGAGGAUUGGCCACCGGCUCCGCCACCUCACAAGGAGAGCUUCUAUGGUUGGACAUCUCGUGAGCAAAGUCAGGAAGCGAACCCACCGAACGACAGUGAAGAAGGCUGAAAGUGGCAAUUUCUCAAGUGGCAAGGGUCGAUGGUAUCUCUCGGCUGCCUGGAGACGUCGACAAGAGCCCUCAACUCUCUCAACACGGACAUGGGUUCCGCAAUGGUAGGAAAGUAUGCUCUUUGAAAAUCUGACAGCUCUGGAUCUAAAGAUGGGACGAUCAACUGGACCAUCCGCUCUGUUUCCUCAAGACCCAUAUUAUCCACGUCUCCUGAAGCCGGUGGGGCCCAUGUCAUUCCCCCAGUCCAUCCAUCUGAGCAAAAGUGCGACGAAGGCGAAUCGAGCUUUUCGCCAAUAGCCCGUUCGAAUAUGACCAUAACCCUGACCAAUUGGUCAAGCCAGUGGCCUCACACCUGUCCUUGCCACGAUCUUCCGAACCCAGGCUUGUUCACGUCAACUCUCGACGCAAAGUCAGACUUCCAGGCGAUUUCCACCAACGACAACGUUACUGGUCUCCGUCACUUGUUCCUGGAGAAGAAGAGAAGCUUCUAGCACUUGGUACCAUCCAGAUGAAAUGAUUCUGGUCGUAAAACUGGCACAGAGGAACGCGUAUGCUUGAGCGAUGAGGGCCACGUCUUCGUCUUGGCCGCGUUCCACGGCGUCUCGUAUGACUGACCGUGUGGGAAAGACCGUAUGUCUCGAUGGAUGCACUGUAUUAUAUUGUAGAUUAGUAUCCAUAAAAUCCUGCUGAAUGAGCUGAGCUUGGCUGUGAAAAGCAGAAACUCAGUCCGGACACAGGUUUUUCUUCCAUAAUGAUACUACAGUAAUAUGAACAGCGC